CGUCCAGACACUUACGAAAUGGAUCAAUAUUACCCCACAUCGGUGACCCGGUCCAUCAUUCAGGGGAAUCGAUAACCUAGGUGAAUGUGGGGUUGAGGAGCUUUUGCGCCCCCGCUCCUGGAGAUGAAAAGAUCCUUGGGGCUAUAUGAAUCCCCAUAAUCGCCAAUCGCACUGGCUCAGGCAGUGUUCUCUCCAACGAUACUGCAACACAGCUAGCUAGUAAACAUGGCGCAAACUGGGGAGCUCAAACCUACCAAAACAGCGGCGCUCAACCUGCCGUCAGGGUCAAACACCUGCGAGCUGUCGAUUCUGAACACCACUUGCGACAUGACCCUUCCUACCAUCUCUUUGAUCGGUCCAAACAUCAAGGGUCACGAAAACCUCAACCUUCCCACCUUCUCUUUCUACAUCUAUAACGCUCGUCAGAAUAAACGCGUUCUCUUCGACCUCGGAUCCCGGAAGGAUUGGUGGAAUUUCACGCCUGUAGUACUGGAUGCCGUCAAGACCAAGGGCAUCUCCGGACUGCGCAUCACUCAUGACGUUGCUGAUGUCCUGGCUGAGGGGGGAAUCGAUCCCAAGACCAUCGAUGCCGUCGUUUGGAGCCACUUCCACUGGGACCAUGUGGGCAACAUCCAGCUGUUCCCAAAGAACGUCGACGUCGUCGUCGGUGCCCCUUUCAAGAGCGUCUUCCUCCCUGGCUACCCAACAGGCCCGAACUCACCGUUUUACGAGGCCGACUUCGAGGGCCGUAACAUUGUUGAGCUCGAAUUCGACGGCUCGCUGAAGAUCGGUCAAUUCCUAGCCCAUGACUACUUCGGAGACGGCAGCUUUUAUCUCCUCAAAGUGCCGGGUCACACGGCCGGGCAUAUCUCCGGUCUAGUCCGCACAACCCCUGAUACCUUCGUAUUCUUGGGCGGAGAUGUUUGCCACUUCCCGGGAGCCUACCGGCCUUCUGAGUAUAUACCCAUGCCAGAAACGCUCCCGGCGGAGACCAAGCUUGACGCGCGGAUCCCACUGCCUUGCCCUUGCUCUUACUUCACUGCAUGCCAUCCUCACCCUGAGAAGGCUCGCACGACGCCGUUCUACCGCGUGUCGGAGGACCCUGGAUCGUGGUACGAAGAUGCACCGGAGGCGCAAAGGUCCGUGGACAAGUUGACCGAGUUCGACGGUGACGAGAACGUCUUCCUGGCCAUCGCACACGACCCUGCGUUGCAGGACACCCUCACAUUCUUCCCCAACGGCACGAUCAACGACUGGAAAGCGAAAGGGUGGAAACGUACGACGCAUUGGGGCUUUGUCAACGAGCUUCCGGUGGACGGAAAGCCCGGACGACCUGCCCUGGUGGAGGGUCUGCUGAAGGGUGAUCUUCCGAUCCAGUAAAUGCGACUUGGAGGUUUUGAUAUUUUUGCAUUAAGCUGCUGUUUAUAGUUUCCGACAGGAUGUAAUGUGAUGAAUGGAUGACUUGUAUCGCCGUGUUGCGUAGAUGUUAAUAGAUCUCCUCCGGUUGGGAGAGAAGUUGAGAUAUGUACUCAAUUCCCACUCAAAAAGAGUCCUGGGGCCCUGAUGUAUCUUAAGUAUGCAUUUGCCCUAGUAGCUGUUCCCCAGGGUACUCGACUUCUAUCCCGUCUCCGGGAGCACCGUCGCCACUGGCAUCAAGCUUCUGCCAGUCACAAUGGACAUUGUGCCUUAAGUUAGCCUUGGCAGCAGUUAUCAGUACCUUUUUCCGAAUCGAGGUUUCUG